AUGAUUGUGGAGGGACAACAACAACUUAAUGUUGGUAAGAACACCGGUUCUCAAAUUGCUCACAUCGUGCCUUUCAAAUAUGACCAAGAAGUUAGCUUGAGGAAAUUGAACUUGGCAAUCACCAUGCAUGAAUAUCCUUUCAAUAUAGUUGAGCAUGAGUAUCUUGUUGAUUUCAUAGAAUCUCUUCGGCCUAGCUUUCCGAUAAAGUCUCGUGUCACUGUUAGGAAAGAAAUAAUUGACAGAUAUCUUGAAGAAAAAGAAACUUUGUAUGCACACUUAAAAACUAUCAAGUGCCGCUUUAGUGCAACAAUGGACAUGUGGACCUCAUGCCAAAACAAAGGAUACAUGUGUGUUACAAUUCAUUGGAUAGAUGAUAAUUGGCGUAUCCAAAAGAGAAUUAUUGGUUUCUUCAAUGUAAAAGGUAGACAUACUGGUGCUAAGUUAUCUAAGACAUUCAGUGAAGUUAUGGUUAAAUGGUACAUUGAGAAAAGACUGUUUGCAUUGACUUUGGAUAAUGCUAGUUCAAAUGAAGUGGCUGUCAAUGAUAUAAUUUCAGAUCUAAAAGAGAAUGGUAAUGGCUCCCUAGUGUGUGAUGGGCUGUUUUUUCAUGUCAAAUGUGCAUGUCAUAUUCUCAAUUUGGUUGCUAGAGAUGGGUUGAAAGUCAUUUCAGAAACAAUUAGCAAGGUCAAAUCACUUGUGCUAGCUGAAAAGGGUCUCCAUUGCAAAGUGGAAGAGCUUAUGAAGUGUGCCACCGAAGGCAGUUGGGUUGGAUACAAAGAGGGUUCUGCUCCUGCACCAGCAAAGAAAACUAGUAGUGUGGCUGCACCUGGACCUAGUAACACAGCUGAUGUAUUAAUGGGAAAUGUAGACCAUGACCUAGAAGAAUUCCUAUAUGAUGAAAGUGAACAUGCUAUGGUUGAGACAAAUGAGUUAGAGAGGACAAGGACAAGGAGGGCAAUGGGGGACUCUGAGGAGGACAAUGAGGAUGCAAAAGACAUGGAGAGCGAUGGGAACUCUGAUCCUGACAUCAUGGAUGAUGCUGAUGAGCUCAUAGAUGUUCAUGUUCUGUUAAUUGUGUGUCGUACUACUUAA